AAACAAACGUUUCUAAAUUGUUUUGCUUUUACCAAAAUUAUACUUUUCCACAAGUCAAAAAGUAGAAAAUAUAAUAAAUAAAAGACACCAAGAAAUUUAGUACUUAAAAAGAAUCAUGAGAGUGAUGUAUAUUCCUUAAAAGCCAAAGAAAAAAAGAAAGAAGUAUUAUCCUUUAAUUACAUGCCUAGGAUAUUUUCUGGUUCUGAGAAAGGAGAAUUCAAGAAAUGGAAGAUGGGUCUUAUAUAGCAGGUGGUGUGACUAAGGUGAGGGCAGAUCAAUAUAAUGGGAAGGUCACAGUUCAUGUCAUCGUUGCUUGCAUUGUUGCUGCCAUUGGAGGGUCUCUCUUUGGCUAUGAUGUUGGAAUUUCAGGAGGAGUUACUUCUAUGGAUGACUUUCUUCGUAAAUUUUUCCCCUCAGUUUACGAGCAAAAAAUGCAUGCACAUGAAAACAACUACUGCAAGUAUAACAAUCAGGUCCUUGCAGCAUUUACUUCUGUUUUAUACAUUUCUGGUUUAGUUGCAACUUUGGUGGCAUCUCCAGUUACAAGGAAGUAUGGACGGAGAACAAGUAUCAUCGUUGGUGGUAUCAGCUUUCUCGUUGGAUCAGUUCUGAAUGCCGCAGCUGCUAAUCUAGGAAUGCUUAUCGUAGGUCGAAUCAUGCUUGGUGUUGGCAUUGGUUUUGGAGAUCAGGCGAUUCCUCUUUACUUGUCAGAGAUGGCGCCAACUCACCUACGAGGAGGCCUAAACAUGAUGUUUCAAGUUGCAACCACUUUUGGCAUUUUUACAGCAAAUAUGAUCAAUUUUGGAACACACAAUAUUAAACCAUGGGGGUGGAGGCUGUCUCUUGGACUUGCUGCAGUACCGGCUCUUUUAAUGACUAUUGGAGGGAUAUUCAUUCCGGAAACUCCAAAUAGCUUAGUAGAACGAGGAUCAAAGGAAAAAGGAAGGAAGGUCCUUGAAAAAAUCCGAGGAACAAAAAAUGUUGAUGCAGAGUUCCAAGAUAUGGUUGAUGCAAGCGAGUUUGCAAAUUCAAUAAAGCACCCUUUCCGAAACAUACUUGAAAAAAGAUACAGGCCAGAGUUGGUUAUGGCUAUCUUCAUGCCUGCGUUCCAGAUUCUUACCGGCAUAAAUUCGAUUCUCUUUUAUGCUCCAGUGUUAUUUCAAAGCAUGGGAUUCGGCAGAGACGCGUCUCUUUACUCCUCAGCCUUGACUGGAGGAGUUCUUCUCUUCUCAACAUUCAUUUCUAUUGCAACAGUAGAUAGAUUGGGGAGAAGACCCUUACUCAUCAGCGGUGGAAUACAGAUGAUUAUAUGCCAGGUAAUAGUUGCUAUCAUUUUGGGAGUGAAGUUUGGAGAAAACCAAGAAUUAUCAAAAAGCUAUUCAAUAUUGGUUGUAGUUGCAAUAUGUCUAUUUGUUCUAGCUUUUGGAUGGUCAUGGGGGCCACUAGGAUGGACAGUCCCAAGUGAGAUAUUUCCAUUAGAAAUCCGAUCAGCAGGGCAAAGUAUAACAGUUGCCGUAAACCUUCUCUUCACUUUCAUAAUCGCGCAGGUGUUCCUUACCCUUCUAUGUUCAUUCAAAUUUGGGAUCUUCCUGUUUUUUGCUGGCUGGAUAACCAUCAUGACCAUAUUUGUUAUUUUGUUCCUACCUGAAACCAAGGGAAUUCCCAUUGAAGAGAUGUCAUAUAUGUGGAGGAAACACUGGUUCUGGAAAAAGAUACUUCCAGAGACAACAUGAUGUAGUUUGAUGAAAACCUACUUAGGUAUGUUAUUAACUGCUCAUAAUGCAGUAAAUAACUGAAAAUUUCAUCCAGUAUCAAUAGUUGACCCUUCAUUUGCUGCAACAUAGUACAUACAACUAUAAAGCAUAAAAGAAGUGUAUGUUUGGUUCCACCACAGGAGCCGAAAUUUGAUUAUAAAGGUGUAGAAUAAAUUUUUAUAUGUUUAGAUGUUCUCAAGUAUAAUUUGAUUUUGAUUCUAAAAUUGAUUAUAACUUGAAGUUAUAAUUUGUAGUUUUUACCCCGACAA